UGAGCUCACGAGUUCAAGACGUGAACAUGUCAAACCUACUGCCUGAGGAGCACCGAGCAGCCUGCAUCUUCGACUGAACUCUGGGAGAUUCCAUACCUUAAAUAAACAAGAAAUGGCCAGCAAGCCAUCCCUUAUCCCAUUGCUUCUCCCAGAGAAUGAGCUACUGUGCUCUAUCUGCCAGACCCUCAUUCGUGAUCCUGUGACUAUACCAUGCGGGCACAACUUUUGCCUGAACUGCAUCAGUAGACACUGGAAAUUAGCUAUUUCAUCUGUUUUGUGCCCCCACUGCCGCAGAAAGUUCCCCACAAAACCAGAUCUAAAGUCCAACACCAUUCUCUGUGCUAUCAUGGAGCAUGUUGAGAAAGUGUGGCCAGAGUUUGGAGAUGAAGACCCUAUUGCCAACCCUACUGCCAACUGUGACAUCUGUGAGGAGGGAAGGGAACUGUCAGCAGUCAAGACCUGUGUGACAUGUCUGGCUAGCUUUUGCAGUGUCCACGCAACAUUUCAUAUGAACAGCAAGGCACUAGCCAAACACUGCCUGUGUACACCAGUUUCAGACAUCAAUGAUCUGCUGUGUAAGAAGCACAACAAAGUGCUCGAUGUGUACUGCAUGAACCAUGGAGCUGCCAUCUGUUGGCAGUGUACAGCAAAGCACCGUAAAUGCAACACAUGCUCAGUGGAAGAAAUGAGGACAAACUGGAAGGCUGCAGUUGAGCCAGUAGCAACAGAAGCUCAGGACAGAGAGGAUUCCACUACUGAAUUAUUGGAAGCCUUAAAUACUAUGACAGAGGGUAUAAAGGAUGCUGCAGAAAGAAUGACUGAAGAUGUGCAGCACUGCUUUGAAAAACUGAUAAAUACCAUUAACCUUGCCCAAAACAGAGCCAUAUCCUUUAUAGAAGCAGAUAAGGAAGAAGCUCUCCAAAAAAUAAAAAAGCAGAAGGAAUGUUUGGAUAAUCAAAUGCUUUCCAUAACCUUAAUCAAGGAGAAGAUUAAUGAUUGCAAGAACAAUGACUCAUACUUCAAUUUUCUUCUGCCCCUACCACUUCUGCCUCCAGAGGUUGGUCAGCUGCAGGAUGUUGAAAUGGAUGGCCAAGGUGUGGAGAGGAUGAUAUUGGAUCUUCAACAACUUAACAAUAGUCUUGAUUCUCAGCUUAGCACCUUGCUGCUGAGAAAAGAGGAAAUGCAAAACAAAGAUUUGACAUCAGACGACUUCCGAGUUAUUAGCGGGCACAGCAAACGACGCUGUAAACUGUUGAAAUAUUUCAACGUAGUGACUUUUGAUCCAAUCACUGCUAGUGCCUCAGUGCUUCUUUCUCAGGAUCGCCUGUCUGUCACAGUGGAGCACAGUGGGUUCCUUACCUGGAAAGACUACCAGGUCAGCGAAGACAUAGGCUUUAGGGUUCUGUGCUCACAGGAGUUCAGCAGUGGGCAGUACUACUGGGAGGUUCAGCCACCAGAGAACAAAGAAAGCAACUGGGCUGUAGGGGUGGCAUAUAAAAACCAUCAGGACCAAUACCAGAGCUUGGGCCAAGACAGCAGUUCCUGGUGUGUCAGGUGGCAGAACAAUGGGGAAGAAAAUGAUAAUGACAAAGUGACUACCAUUAUGGAAGGAACAAAAGAUGAGAAAGUAACAUUACCAAAGACACAGGUUAAGGAAGGGGCGGUAAAACUCAAGGUGCUUGAUCAAGAAUCAAAGAAAGGCAAAUUGGAAGCAUACUUAAAAAAUAAAAGGAUACAGGAAUGUCUUUCACAGGACGAUUAUAAAAAAGAAGGAAUUCAAGCUUUGGAGGAAAAUGAAGCAGAAGAAAAUAAGAUAUUUGUAGAGUUAAAAGAGGAGAAGGAAGGCACUUUAACAUCUAUGCAGGUGAACAACCAUGUCCCAAAACAAUGCAGCACUGGAUUCUUUGCCUUCCACAACCAGGAGAUAAACCUGAUCUCCCAGAAGCCCCCUGGGAAGAUUGGUGUGUUUUUGGACUGUGACCGAGGGUGGCUGUCAUUUUUCUUUGUGAGUGACUUUAAGGUCAAGCUUUGCUACAAGUUUCAGGCCUUGUUUUCUGCUCCUCUUUGCCCUGCCAUAUGGCUAAGAGAUCCAAAGAGCACAAUUACUAUUAGCAAAGAACCUGAGACAAUGAAACUGCAAUAGUUCCAUCUGCAAGUAAAAUAAAAAUGUUGUAUGAUUAUUGUUUCUAUAGUAACAGCUUACACAUUCACAUGCAUGGUAGACACUGCACAUUAACAGAUUAAAAAAAAAAUCUUGUGUAAUUGUGGAUAAACUGCAAAAAAUGAUAUCUUAGUAAGUGAAAAUAUCUUACAUUUGGUCAAGUAUAUUAGCUUUUUACAUUUAAGAUUAAAACUAAGCAAAUAUAAGAGUAAUAAGCCUAUUUUACACAAGUAAAAAAAAAUUGUCUUCCAAGACAAUAUACACUUAGAAAAAUAUAUAUUUGUUUUGGAAUAGGCUUAAUUGUCUUAUUAGGUUUGCUGUAAGAAAUUGUCAGUUAAUCUGACUACAUUCAAGAUAUUUUCACUUGCUAAGAUAUCACUUUUUUGCAGUGUAUAUUGUAAAGGUUUUCUUAGAUGUUUUUUUUAGCAUGGAACACGUUUCUAGUGUCAGUACAAUAUACUGUAAGUGCUAGUCAAAGUUGAAAUUGUACCUACUGUAAAAGUUUACAGAAGUACGGUUUUACACUUGGUGGCAAACUGCAUGUUUUCUCCUUCAAGGAAGAUAGAGCAUCAUGACAAGUAAAAUAAUACUGUCAUUUUGCAUUGUUUUAUUUUAUCCUCUUUGAAAUUGAAUAUUAGUACUAUCUCGUAUAACAUUUUUAUUUUGCUCUGUACUAAUCAGCCAAAGCAUAAAAAUCUUUUUAUCUAAUAGAUUAGUCUGCAUAAGUAUUGCUUUUUUGUAGCCACAAGGUGGUGAUAAAUCUCUAAGGCCAGCCAUGUCUCCUUCUUCUUUGUCUUUCUCACCAUACUGUAUUUCUCAGUACUGUAAAUGUUAAAAGGAGUAUCAAAUCUUGGUUGACUCGGGUGUAACUAAAGCAAUGUUCACCAAAGCCUGAUUUAUUGUUUAAGUUGUGUGCACAAGGAUGUUCAUGUUUAUCCACAGAUGCCAGUCAUUAUUAAAUUCUUGUGGAAAAACUUGUGUGGUAA